AUGUCUGAAGAGGCCCUUUCAGAAAGUGAUCUGGAGGCUAGCCUUAACAGUGAAGAGGACUAUAAUGAAAAUGAUGAAGAAGAAGACGAUAGCGAUAUGGAGGACGGCGAGGAGGAGGAUGAAAGUUCUGAAGAUGAUGAAGAUGAUGGAAUGGGUGAAUCUGAUUUACUGUCUCUCCUAAAAGGAAAACAUAGUCCGGACUCCACCUCAGCUACCUCUGGUGAUCCUUCCUCGGAGUCACCGUCACGGCCUGAAUCCCAGCCGUCGUCCAGGGCGCCCUCCAGACCAACCUCGCGCUCUCAACUUCCGAGCAGCUCUGGCAAAUCCAGAAAGAGCAAGAAAAGCUCCAGUAAAUCAAAGAAACAAAAAGAUUCUAAAAUAACCAAAUCCUCUAAGCCAUCAAAACGCCCCAAACCCCCCAAGAUCGUCAAGCCUGUACAUAUGAGGAAAAAUAUCAGAAAGGUGCUCAACGAGGACCAGUUGGAGGCUGGGACCAAAGCUGCUCAACAGGAAGAGAUGGAAAGGCGGAAGCGUCUGGAGCAACAGAGAAAAGCUAUGCCAGCUCCAACUUUACUAGAGUCCCAACUAGUGAACGCAACUUCCAUUUUAGGUGGGAUGUCUCACUUGGUUCCCGCCCUCCACAGCAAGCAGGAUGUGAUCUGCCUGGACAGUAGCGGUGAUGAAGAUGGGGACAUGGAACCCAAACACCCCCAGCUAGCUAUUAGAGAUGAUAUAAUUGAACUCAGCUCUGGGGAUGAGGAUGCCCUGCAGAUAAGCAGUGAAUCUGGGAAUGAGGAUGACGGUGGCCCCCCUGGCACGGAGGAGAGCAGUGGAGCGCACAUCAAUGAUGCUCUAAACUUGCCUGAUGCCCAGGGGAGGGUAAUGGUUAAUAUCAACCACCCUGCGGAAGAGAAGGACAUUUAUCUCGCUCCCCAGCUCGCUAGGGCUGUCAAACCUCACCAGAUUGGUGGUAUCAGGUUUCUUUAUGAUAACCUGAUUGAGUCUCUGGAGCGAUACAAAAGCAGCAGUGGUUUUGGUUGCAUCCUUGCUCACAGCAUGGGGCUUGGCAAGACACUGCAGGUCAUUUCCUUUAUUGACAUCCUGCUGCGGAAUACUGAGGCUCACACUGUCUUAGCCAUUGUUCCGGUGAACACACUCCAGAACUGGCUGGCAGAGUUUAACCUCUGGCUUCCACCGCAGGAAACACUUUCCCCUGACACUGACCCUGCUUUACUUAUAGGACGUACAUUCAAAGUUCAAAUUCUAAAUGAUGAGCAAAAAACCACAAUAGCCCGGGCCAAGGUAGUGGAGGACUGGAGCAGAGAUGGGGGCGUGUUGCUCAUGGGCUAUGAGAUGUACCGCCUUCUGUCAAUGAAAAAGAGUUUUGUUACGGGCAAGAAGCGAAAAUCAAAGAAGCCUGUAGGGCCUGUCAUCAUUGAUCUAGAUGAGGAAGAUAGACAACAAGAACUUAUGAAAGCUAUUGAAAAGUCCAUUCUACGACCUGGUCCAGACGUGGUGAUUUGUGACGAGGGCCAUCGCAUUAAAAACUAUCAUGCCAGCACGUCACAGGCUCUGAAGAAUAUCCGUUCAAGGCGCAGAGUGGUUCUCACUGGUUACCCAUUACAGAACAAUCUCAUCGAAUAUUGGUGCAUGGUAGAUUUUGUUAGGCCAGACUUCUUGGGCACCCGUCAGGAGUUCAGCAACAUGUUUGAGCGUCCCAUUUUGAACGGGCAAUGUAUGGACAGCACGCCUCAAGACGUUCGCUUGAUGCGUUACCGUAGUCAUGUGCUGCACAGCCUUUUAGAAGGCUUUGUCCAGAGACGUGGCCAUGAUGUUCUGCAACAUCAGCUUCCUAUGAAGAUGGAGCAUGUGAUUUUGGUGCGGUUAUCUCCUAUACAGAAAGCGCUUUACACCGAGUUUAUGAAUCGAUUUAGAGAGGCAGGAAACAAUGGCUGGCUUGGUCUAAACCCUUUGAAAGCCUUUUGUGUAUGCUGUAAGAUCUGGAAUCACCCAGACGUGCUUUAUGAAGCUUUACAGAAGGAAAAUCAGGCAAAUGAGCAGGACUUGGACCUUGACGACAUCGCCAGCGGCCCCAAAGGCAAAGUGUCAGACUCCAGCAACAGCAAAGCCAACAAUAACAUUUCACCGCUUUUCAAUCCUUCUCAGGAACGAAGCAAUCAAGUUAUGACUUAUGAAUGGGCAAAUGAAAUCAUGUCAAACUACCAAACAGGACUCCUGGAAAACUCUGGCAAAAUGGUGCUGCUCUUUCAUUUGAUAGAUGAGAGUGUCAGAAGAGGUGACAAGAUGUUGGUGUUCAGUCAAAGCUUAACAACGCUGACUGUCAUUGAGGACUUCUUAUCAAAAAGACCCAUUCCAUUACAAGACGCUGCUGCUGAGUCUCAGAACCCCAACUGGGUUCGCAAUCUCAAUUAUUAUCGGCUGGAUGGAAGUACAUCUGCCUCAGAAAGAGAACGCCUAAUCAAUCAGUUUAAUGAUCCAGAGAACACUAAAACAUUUCUCUUUCUGCUUUCUACCAGAGCGGGUUGCUUGGGAGUGAAUCUAAUUGGAGCUAACCGCGUUGUCGUCUUCGAUGCAUCCUGGAACCCGUGUCAUGACGCCCAGGCGGUUUGCAGGGUGUACCGCUACGGUCAGAAGAAACCCUGCUACAUUUACCGCUUGGUAUGUGACUUUACCCUGGAGAAGAAGAUCUAUGAUAGACAGGUCUCCAAGCAGGGCAUGUCUGACCGUGUAGUGGAUGACCUGAACCCGGCACUGAACUUUACUAGAAAGGAAGUGGAGUCACUUUUGCAUUUUGUUGAGGAGGAACCUGAAGAUUACAAGAUAAAUCUGAGGACUUUUGAAGAGCAAGAGCCUGUCCUCUAUAAGGCCUGUCAGCUUUACCCACGUCUCAUCACUAAACAACCUUUUGAACAUGAAUCUCUAUUAGUGGACCGUAAGGAAUCCAAACUUACCAAAGCAGAGAAGAGAGCAGCCAAAAAGAGCUACGAGGAUGAGAAACGGGCUUCCGUGCCCUACUCUCGACCUUCUUAUGCCCCGUAUUAUCCAGCCAGCAACCACGCACUCGCUAAUAUACCUGCAUUUAGUCAACGUGGCUGGCGUCCUAUGGCUCGGCCUGAUGACAAGCCAGUUGCAAGUGUCAGGCCUAUCCAGUCAACACCAAUUCCCAUGAUGCCUCGCCAAGUUGUUAUGGGCAUGGCAGGAUCCAGCUCUCCCAGCAGUUUACCUGUUAAUUUCCUGCAGAAGGCUGGAGUUUACAUCCAGAGGAUUGUCACCACAACUGACAUUUUCAUCCCAGGAGCCAACAGCACAACAGAUGUCCAAGCUCGAAUAAGCGCAGGAGAGAGUAUUCAUGUAAUCAGGGGCUCGAAAGGUACAUACAUAAGGACAAAUGAUGGAAGGAUUUUUGCCAUUAGGUCUGGAAAAGUCAGUAGACCAGCCACCGGGAGCGCCGCUGUUUCAAGAGAUAGCCAUCGUUCCUUGAUCCAUCCAAUCAGCAACGGUUGCGCCUCCCCUGGCGAGCAACUGCAGCAGUCUCCUGAUGUGGCACAGCGGUCAUCCUCUCCCUUGGGCUCUGAGAUUCUCCGUGAGCUCAGCCACUACACGGCAUCCACGAGCGACGGCACCGUCAGAGCAGGGAACGAACUUUCCUCUCCAAUGGAUGCAUCGGGAGCGGGAGAAGGGGGCCGUCUGAUUCCAGAGCUCCGGGCGCCACUAGACGACAACCUCCUUAGCUCGGGUUUUGAAACGCAAGGUGUGAAACGCAAGCGUACUGAAAGUCAAGGCCCCACGCCCAGACGGACUUCGGCUACAUCGCAUUUCACCGGAUUGCCCAUGAACUCCAGUGGGCUCAGUUUUCCACCAGUGGGUCUGAACUCUUCCACACUUUUGGGAGGCCUGGGGCAUAUGACUCACCCUCUUCUGAUAGGUGCAAGUGGUGGAUCUUCAUUCCUUCAGACACCAGGACAAACACUGACAGACAUACAGGCUAUGUUCCCUUCUGCUUCGGGGAACGGACAACAUCCUCCCACCUCUUCAUCAGCUUUAUCCACCGUCCUCUCCUCAUCACCCAACACCAUUCCCAUGUCAUCGGCAACAUCAGCCCCAACUACUUCCUCAUUGGCGUCAGGUUCUUUGACGCCGUACUUGAUGAACCCCAAUGUAGCUGGCCUGCUUUCCUCAGGCUUCCCUCUCAACUACAGUCAAUCCUUGCUCCCUGAGCCCCGGAUGUUCCCUGGCCCUCUUCUCUCUGGUUCAGCAGGUUUCGCCACGCCAAACUCUGCUGCUGCAAAUGCAUCUGGCUUCCUCACACACUUCAACAAUCCCACAUCCAGCCUGUUGGGGGCGGCUUUAACCCAACCAGACAGAUAUCAGAGUGCAGAGAACAGAGGUGAUAGUUCAGAUGAUGAUGUCAUAGAAGUGACAGGACACUGA